AUGCCAUAGAAAAAGAGGACACCAUGGGAGUGCAGAUGGCCAAAAGGGAAAGUCUCUGUGAAAUCUUUAUUAAUUUUUUUUCCUGGUCUUUGCUUUCCUUCGUUGGUGGUAUCAGCAUGCAUGUGCCUGAGCUGAUGCCAGCUCAUAGCAUGUAUUCUUCCAAAUUUAGCUUGUGGGGGGCUGCAUCACUGUGACAGUGCUCUGUUUCCUCCUCCUUCAAAAAGACACUGCUCUGUUUCUUGUCUUCUUUGCCUGCGUUCCUUGUUCCCUCCUCUCUAAGCUAAAGGAGAGCUGGUCUGAGGUGGCCGAUCUCGAAUCCAUGGCUUCUGAGGCUUCGUCAAACGAUCAAACAGAUGACAAAAUUGUUGAGAAGGAAGAGGUCAACAAUACAAAAGAUACUGAUGGAGAGAAUGUUUCCCAACCAAAAAAAGUUGAAGGUAAGGAUGAGGAAGCAAAUUUCCAGGUAGAGGAUUCAACAAAUACUGAAACAGCUUUAAUUGAAUCAGAAGAAAAGCCAGAAGGUAAGAUUGAUUCCGCAGUUGAGGUGAAGGAAGAAGAAGAUAAUGACAAGGCUUCUGGUUCAGAUGAUUUAGUUGGUCAUGGUGUGGAAGGGGUGGACAAUGUUAAAAAGGAAGCUGAAACCUCUGCUACGUCAGAACCAGCAGCCGAAUGUACCCAAGAAGAAUUAGAGAAUCAACCAGAUGUAUCUAAUACUCUUGUGCCACCAAGUGAAGUGGUUGAAAAACCAAAGGAGGAUUUUGAGGAAUCUUCAGUUGAAGAACCAGAAUCAGAAGCAUCAAAAAAGCCAGCAGUUUCAGAAACGGUGACUGAAAAAGCGAAAGGUGAAGUUACAGAGCCUUCAACUGUUCCAAGUUCAAUUUCAGAAGAAGAAAACAAAAAAAAGGAGCCACCGAUAGUAUCCACUGCCAAAGCGCCUGCAUCUGAUGGCAUUGAAAGCCUUGGUACUGAAGAAGGUGCUAAGAAUUCCCAAGACGAAAACAAGAACUUUGAGGAGACUGUUGCCUUCGAAAAUUUGAGUGCAGUGGUAACAGAUGUUGCGAAGCUUCAAGAAGCUGGAAAAGGAGCUGUUGCUCUUGAGGCUACUGAUGCACCCCAAAAGACUGAUGCAGAAUUAAAUGCUAGUAGAGAUGUCGAGGAAUCUGCAAAAGAAGAAAUGGGGAGCGGUAGAGUCGAAGAGGUGGUGAAAGAAGUUGCAGUUGAUGCUGGCAAGCCCAAUCCUCCUGCUGCUAUAGAACUGGUAGACGCUGCCGAUGAAAGUUCAGUUAUCAAAAUCACUGAAGAUUCCAUGAAGCCAGAAGCUAAGGUUGAAGAACAAAAGCAAGAAAAGAUUACAGAAGCUGAAGAACCAAAUGUAAGUGAGAAAAGUAAUAUUGAUGCUGCUAGCGAAGUUGCUGCAGUUGCAUAUGAUGGAGAGAAGGUUUCUGGAAGUACUGAAAAGGUUGAGGAGGAGAAGAAUGAUAGAUUGGAAAGUAAUGAGCCAACUUUGGUAGGUACCUCCAAAGAUCUCAAGGCAGCUACUGAAAUUUAUGAAGUCUCUUCCGAGGAAAGGAAGGUCUCUGAAGGUGUUGAUAUGGUUGAGGAUAAGGACGAACACUUAAAAGGUAAAGAGGAAAUCACCAGAGAUCUUGAUGCUGCUUCCAUAGUUGCAGAGGCUCCAUCCCAGGCAGAGAAGGCUUUUAAAGGUGCUGCAGUGUUUGAAGAGACAAAGGUUGAGGGUCUGAAAGAUGAGAAGCUAUCUGGGUUAGAGACCUCCAAGGAUUUCGAUGCUGCCUCUGAAGUUGCUGAAUUUUCAUCUCAGGAAAAAGUAUCCGGAAUUCUUGAAAUUGUGGCAGAGAAGAAGGAAGAGAGCUUGGAAAGUGAUAAGACAACAACAAUUGAUACCUCCGAAAGUUCUGAUGCUGCUGCCGUCUCAUCCAAAGAUGAGAAAUCUUCUAUAGCUGCAGAAAUGGUAGAUAAGAAGGAUAACACUCUAGAAGGUGACGAGCCAACUUUGGUUGAGACCUCCAAAGAAUUCGAUGUUGUUGGUGACAUUUCUGGAGUCUCAUUAGCAGAGGAGAAAACAUCUGGUGGUACCGAAAUGGUUCAGGAGAAAGAUGAGAAAGAGAAAUCUCCUAAAGGUGCUGAAACGAUUAAUGAAAAGAAGAAUGAAGCUUUGGAAGGUGCAAGGAAGACUCUUGGUGAAACUUUUAAAGAGCAUGAUAUGGAGGAAAAGAAUGUUAUCUCUGCAUCUGCUGCAGAACCAGUUGAUGAUUCUGAGGAGAUUGAGAAGGAUAAGGAACUUGCAAAAGAUAUUGCAGAGACUGGGAAACCUGAUGAUGGAAACAUAGUUGAGCCCUCCAAAGAUGGUGAUGUCACAAAGCAAGACAAGGAGGCCCCUAAACAAGACGUUCGUAAAGCUUCUCGACACCAUUCAAGUAGCAUAUUAUCAAAGAUGAAGCAUUUGAUUGUCAAGGCAAAGAAGGUGAUCCUUGGUAAAUCACCAAGUUCAAAGACCAUGUCAGCAGGAACCAACGAUGACAUUGAAGUGAAGUAAUAGAGCAGGAGGUUUCUUCAGUUUAAAAAGGUUGUGUCAUUUGUUAUAGGCUCUUGCAACAUAUAUGUUCUAAAGGUCAUUCUUGCAUCCACAUCCUGCCUGCGCUGGUGUGCCUUCCACAUGGUGCCCAGUGAGAGAGAAAAUAUGUGUGUGAAUGGAUGAACAGAAAUGCAAUUAGGAGGAUUGAGCUAAUGGGGCAAUGACACUUGCAGGGAAAGAUUUAUUGAAAUUGUGCCUCUUGGCUUGAUGGUAGAAAUGAUGAAUUGAACAGUAUCAGUUCAGUGUAGUGUUAUUUAUUUCUCGGGAUGGUGUGCUUUUGUGUGGCUUGGUUAUAUUUUGGUUGUGUUUAUAGACCUGGCGAGACAUUCUUUUUGUUGAUUAUGCGUGUAUUGUUCAGUCUCAUGAAUAAUAAUCAACGUAUACUUGAUAUAUAUUUUGUAA